AUGCAAUUCAUUGUGACCGCCAUGUUGUCGAUGCCUUCUGAGUGUUGUUGAUGUGACGCGUCUUGUUUAUUAGAGCAGUACAUCCCUCGAGUGGUUGCCAUGACCUCGGGUUUCACAAACGAUGACAUGGAACAAAACCUCUUUACCAUAACGGGAGACUAUCAACAACCGUCCUCGUCCAGUCAGAGCCACCAGUUUGAUAAACCAUCUCCACGACCACACGGUGGGAAGCGGAUGCCUGUUUCCGCAAAAAGGAUUUCUAGAAACGACCCCCCGCCCGCGACCGUCAACGACGACGAACAGUCGGACAAGGGAGAAGAGUUCCAGUCGCCGGUCGCUCCUUCGGACGAUCGAGAGAAAGAUAGAAACGGAAAGAAGAAAAAGCGUUCGUCCAAAGCUCGUUCUUUGUCUUCCUCUUCGUCGUCGUCGGCUGAGAGAUCGCCCUCACCCAAACGGAAGAAUCAGCGUUCGCACGAGAGAUGUAAGAGCCGGUCGAGGUCCUCGGCCCGGUCUCCCGCAGUCUCACCGACGCGUCCCCGGGAGUCUUCCGACAAACGUCGUUGCAGAGACAAGGCUGUAAGGACCGGUGCGAACACUCCGAAACAGACCACUUCAAAAGGAACCCGCCCACAGCAACCGCCGACCCGCCCGCAGCAUCCACCGAAAGCGACCGACAUUGUGACCAAUGAGCUGUUCGAGACGAUGCAGAACCGCAGACCGGAUCCCGCCCCGAGAGCCGCAUCGCUCGUCUCCGACAUGUCGUCGGUGUCCACCACCACUCACAGGCGCCCGAGGCCGCCGCUCGAUCUGGAGAGUUGCCUGCUAGAUACCUUGCGAGGCAAGCAGCUGUGCACCAAGACCAUCAUGGCCAUGAAGACAUUGGUGAAUACCGUCAAAAACUGUGAGCUCGUCGAGGCGACCAGGUCUAUAAUCUACGUGAGUCCCGACUACCCGACCUUCGACCCCCACAACUACCUGUUCUGUGGCAAAGCGCAAUCGUUCGGCUACGACUACCAGACGCUGUACCACAACCUACAUCUUCGCGAGAGGUCACUGACUCACGCAUUGCAACCCGGCUGCAAACGGGAUCCGCAGAAAAUGUCCCUGGACCUGGUGUUCCGCAAGGCGCUGAAAGAGAUCGCGGAGGAGCUGCACGAGAUCGAUCCCGAACCACUGGUGGUGUCACUGGAGAACCCCAUGUUCAUCAGCGGCCGGUAUCUGGAGCUGAGACUACUAAAGAAAUUGGGAGAAUUCUACAGGGUCCAGUGCAACGGCCUCGACUUGAGCAAGUACCUCACCCAGUCGUCCGUCGACAAGACGUCUCCUCUCAAGCAGUACGUGGACGGCAGUCGUUGCGAGCAGUACGUGCGAGUGUUGCACGACCGCUACGAGCUGAAAUCGGGGGCCGAUUUGAUCAACACGAAAGCCGAAUCACUCAUUAUGCCAUCGUCCAUGAGAGUGUGGACCGACGUGGAGACGCAGGCGUCCACCUCUCUACGGAUGUACAACAACGUCCAAACUCUCUUCGAGAAGACCAACACAAUUAACAACGCCAACGCCAAAGGCGCCGACGACAUCGUCUCGUCAAGCAUGAGAUUCAUCAACACGUACGCCAAGCACAUGGGCCAUUUCAUGAAAGUGCACCAGCAGUUCUUGGCUCAGGCCCUGAAUGCCAGUGAACUGUUCACGUGGAUGUGCUUCGGCAUCACCACGGACGAGGCGUUGGCGGGAAACGGCAUCAUGGCCGCGAACUACGCGAUGGCGAAUCAACUCCAACUCGGAGAAUCAAUGCAUCUGUUGGAACUACCCCCUGGCCUGUAUGAUCAGAGAGCAGAGAUAGGGACAGCACAGGUGUCCACUCCCGUUACAUUUGUACAACAUCAUACGGACACUCUUCGAGAAGGCCAACAGCAAGCCGCCGUCGAAGCUUCGGCGGAAGUGUUAAAACCCAAAGGGAUAGAAUUUGGACGAGCACCACUUAAGUUUUAACGUAUGUUUAAUAAAUAUUCUUUUGUACAA